AUGGAGCCACUCGCACUGCCAAUGUCGGAUAGCAAGGGAGCACGAGACUUAUUAGGGCUGCCUCCACGAUGGAAGGAGUGGCGCGAUCCAUUUUCAUUGGAUUGGGAUGAAGGAUUCGACGACGGUUGUCCACAAGUCUUGGGCCAGCUGGCUAAGACCCAACAUUUGGUGCAGGCUGUUGAUGUCAGGAGCGUCCAGGGCAGCAAAGUACACGAGACCAGCCUGGUCAAUAUUUUGGGUGUGACUCGCUGGUCCUGGGUUGCUGCUACUGCAUGCCCCGGAGGAUUUGUGUACGGCUUCGCGGCAAACGCGCUCACAGGCACGCUGUCCCAGACGACAUUCAUCAAAAAGCUCCUGUCCACGCCAGAUAAAGCCUCUCGCCAGGAAUCGAGUGGCUUGGAGGGCAAGUCUUUUAGUUGUUUCUUUCCUUCUAUUGGUCUGAUGAUUUUUUUUUUUCGGUUCCUCGGAGGCGCCUUUGUCGGACCUUUGCUGCAGGCCCCUCUCGCAAACAAGUUCCGUCGACAGAUUGCCAAUGCUGCCACUUUGGUCACUGUCAUCAUUUUGGGCGCUCUCCAGGCGGGCUUGUUGAUGUUAGGAUGUUCAUUGUUGCGCUGUGCUCUUCAUCACCGUGCUUGUUCAGUGGCGCCUUGUUUUAUCAUCCUGACCGCCAUCGGCGUCCUUCAUUUGGUGUCGCUCUGUUUCAUUCCCGAGUCUCCUCGCUGGCUGAUGAAGCAGGGCCGUGAUGACGAGGCUACGCGCGUUCUAGAGUACCUACGUCGUACGAAGCAUGAUCCUAUGGCAGCAUUUACACAUGGCGAGGCGAAGCAGAUCAAGGCCCAAGUCGAAGCGGAAGAGAACACCCCCAGCGGCUCUCUACAUAUUCUUCGGACAUCCUCACACCGCAAAUGUACUCUUUGGGGCAUUCUCCUGUGGGCCAUGGCUCAGAGCACUGGGAUCAUGGCCAUCGGCAACUUGAUCUCGGUUCUUAUGAACUCGGCGUAG